AUGACGGUUUUCCUAACAGGCAAUCACAUGAGACAGCUCAAGAUAGUCAGCCUUGGGCCCUCAGCCCCCACCACUAGCGACACCCUUCCAAGAUGGCAGCGAACAGUAGCAACACGGUUAGCAAACCCAGCAACAUUAUCGGGGGGAAACAAUCAGGGCCGUCGGCCGAGCAGGUAGGCCUAUAUAACGAGGCUUUUUGCAACUUUGUUCAAUCCAAUGUUGUGGCUGCAUUCCAGAGGAUGCGCUCAGAACAGCGCAGCAUGGCCUCCAAGGCUGCAGAGCUGGAGAUGGAGAUCAACGAGCACAGCCUAGUCAUCGAGACCCUAAAAGAUGUGGAUCCAACCAGGAAGUGCUUCCGACUGGUGGGCGGGGUGCUCGUGGAGAGGACGGUUAAGGAAGUCUUACCAGCUCUGGGAAGCAAUAAAGAACAGAUAUCAAAGAUUGUAGAGUCCCUCAACACACAGAUGCAGACAAAAGGCCGGGAGCUCACGGAGUAUCGGGAAAAAUACAAUAUCCGAUUGGUGGGAGAAGGAGAGGAAGGACAGGGCAAAUCGGCAGCUACCUCCAAUGGGGGCGGGUCUAAAGGCGGUGCCGGCGUUCUAGUUUCAUAGCUUUGUGUGUAGAGACUUUAGUACGAUAGGAAAUUGUGCGGAAUGCCAUCGAGCAUCGAGUCAGCACAGAUCCUGGAAAGCAUUUCAAAGGCAGAGUUUGACGUGUGUCUUGCAUGAAAUAAAUUAUAUAAUAAACCAAUGUCACAAGGGCCAGAUUAUCCAGAACAUUCAAUUCAGAUCAAUGUGAUCCCUUUUCACCUACAGUUCAACAAAACUUAAACCAACAUUUCACUUACACUCUGGUUUAAUUACAAGCCUUUCGCCUUUUACUCGAGACAGUGUUUCAUCAAAAUCUUACGGGAUAAUUGUUGUAAAAGACAUGCCUUCUUGAUGACCAUAUAUUGAUUUUAAGUUUAUUUAUACUCUAUUGUCAGUCAUAUUUCAAUGUAUAUUAUGAUCCUGUUGUUGGGGGCUCUGUUUUUGAGAGGUUUGUCUCUGGCAUGCUGUAAAAUAAUGCUUGCAAAAGGAAUGACAAUCUGAUUGGUAAAACACUAUUCAUAACAACA